GUUGUUUUAAUGUGAAAUUCCGUUUCGUAUAGAUGAUCAUGACAAUGCUAGUAAAGGUAGCGUCGAGUGUAUUUAUUUUUUCCAUCUUUCUCGUAGCAGUAAGUGCAUUGUGUAGCCACCCAUGUUCUCGAGUCAAUAGAGGCACUUUUGUUGAUGAACAAAAUACGUACACAUUUUCAUGCUAUAAUACAUCAAUUUUAACGGUAAAUGGAGGAGAAGAAUUAAGAGAAUGUUACACAAGACUUGGAGCCUUUCUUGUAGUUAGGAAUGGUAAUAGAUACAGAUGCGUUAAACACACCCUUUAUGACCGUACUGCCAGAAUAGUUUUUGUUUAUGUUACACCUUACAAAACUUUUUUAACAGAACCAUCAAUUUGUGAUGUGUGUUCAGGAACAUUUACAUCUGCAUUAUUUGUCGCUGAAGGAGAAAAUUAUCAGAAGGCGAAAAAACGUAAGCAAAAUUCAAAUAAAAUGCAAUUUACAUUGUUAGAAUAUUAUACCUAUAUCUGGUUAGACAAAAGAAAAACAAGAGCAAAGUGGGAAUGA